GUCAAUUUCUUCCUUCCUGCACCUCGUGUUCGAGAAUCCCCCAAACCCGAGCGCGCCGAUUCCCUCCCGCCUCCCAGAUCCUGCAGAUUGGCGCGAACUGGGUCCGAUUCGGGCGGUCCGCCGGCGCCUAGGGUUUGGGUUGGGAACUUGGGCGGGCGGGCGCCGCGGGACGGGAUUGGUUGAUGCCUCCCCGCCUGGCGUGACCGCUGCCCCGGGGCUGGAGAUCUCCUCCGCAUGGAUCACAGGGGCCGCGGCGGCGGAGGCAGAGGCGGCGGCGGCGGUGGAGGCAGAGGAGGAGGAGGUGGUGGUGGUGGAGGCGGCGGGAACAGUAGCCGCACCGAUCUCCUCGCUGCCGGGCGGAAGAAGCUGCAACAGUUCCGGAAGAAGAAGGGCAAGCGGGAGCCCGGUAAGAAGGCGGAAGCCGAUGCCGACGCGGAGGCCGAGGAGGGGCCGGCCAAGGCGGAGGAGCCCGUGCCCGAGCCGAAAUCGCCUGUCGGGUUGAAGUUCCUCGCCGGGGAGGGCGGCAGCACUCCGUUUGAGGAAGCGGAGGGGUCGCAGGCGGAGCAAUGUAAUGGCGAGGGGCCUGGUACCGUGGAGUCCAGCUCUAUGGAGAAUGCUGAUGCAGCACAAGAACAGGAGACGGCGGCUGGUGUCACUGAUGUGCACAGUGUCGGUACUAGUGAGCAGGACAGUUCCGAGCAGCGUGAAAGCGGGACAGCUGAUGGUGAGGACCUGGCAAUUCAUGCUACCAGUGGAGAUGACAGUGGUGUUCUUGUAGAAGGAGCUCACCUGGGUGAGGAUGGUAAACUGACAGAACCGAUUUUUAAGGAUAACAUGGAGUUGAAUACUUCUUCUCAACUCGAUGGAGCCGAUGAUGAUUCCAACCAACUAGGGGACAAACAGCCUGUGGAAAUGGAUCCUGUGGACAGGCCAACAAGCUCCGGUUUCGGAGAAGUCACCGAGGUGCCAAUUCCUUCUCAAGACAUUGGAAUUGAUAAUAACAAUGAUGAAGGAGCUCAAGAAAUGGUGAUGGAUGUCUCUGGGAGGUCAUUAGAUGGAGAUGUACAACAUGAUGGCGAACCCACAGUUUCUGCUGAAAUAGUUGCUGCGACUGCACUUGAAGAAGAGUUAACUGCUGCAGCUUCAAAUGAGAUUCCUGAGAGUACUGUGAGAAGAGGCACUGAGGAGGAAACUGAUGGAGUAGACAGGGAAGCUGUUGAAGAAAAUCCAAGCACAGCACAUGUAACUGAUGAAGCUGUCACUACAAAUGAUUUGAGUUUACAGGCCAAGCUAACAGAUGAAGAAAAUCCAAGCACAGCACAUGUAACUGAUGAAGCUGUCACUACAAGUGAUUUGAGUUUACAGGCCAAGCUAACAGGGGCAGUGGAUACGCCACUUUGUGAGCAGAAUGGUGAUCCAGCUUUAUUUAGAAGUGCUGUAUUGCAAGGCAUUGUGCCAGAUCAUUUUGAGGAUAUACAGAGGCAUCUGUAUUCUGUAACUCUAUCGAGGGAUUUUCUCCAGUUGCAGCUAGAUGAGGCUGAUGGCCUCUAUUCAGCUGUUACACAGCAGUCUUCUGAUGAGACCACGAGGCUCCAGGUACUACUAAAAGAAACUGAAGAAACCAAACUAGCAGUUAGCAAAGAGCUGCAUCAAUGUAGACAUGAGCUCUCCGAGGUGAACACAGUAAAGGGAGAACUUGAACUUAUCAUGGCUUCCUUGAAAGAAGAAAUCAAAACUAGCAACUUAAGGUGUGCACAUUUGGACAGUGAGCUACAUUCCUCCAAGGAGAACACACAACAAUUCCAGAGUGAAUUAGCUGAAAGCAGAUUGUUACUGGAAGCCCUGCAAAAGGAGAACCUGGAGCUGUCUAGAAGCCUUGCUUUUGAGAAAGAAACUAAAAAAGCAGUUGAGGAGCAGCGGGACCAUCUAUCUUCUGAUAACAGGAAGCUUUUAUCAGAGUUGUCAGGUCUUGAGCUUAGCUUGGCUUCUAUGAAACAGGAAAUGGAUGCUGGCAGUAGCAGAUGUGAAGUUUUGGAGUGUGAGCUGCGUUCCUCCAAUGAGCAUUUGGAGCAUACUUCGACAGAAUUGGCAAACUGUAGGGCUUUAUUGGAAUCAUUGCAAAAAGAUAAUUUGGAGUUAUCUGCGGAUUUUGCCUCUGAAAAAGAAGCAAAAAAGAAACUUGAAGAAGACAAUGUGGAUCUAUGUAAUGAAAAGGGUAGGCUUUCUUCAGAUUUAUCUCAACUAAAUGACAAGUUGCAUCUUUCAUAUGCCAAGCAUAAGCAGCUUGAGUCACAUGUCAAAGAUAUGGAAACAUACUUUGGACAACUUACUGAGCAGCUAAUUGAGGAAAGUCUUUACGCGAGUAGCAGCGCCGAUAUUUACCUAUCUGUAAUCAAAGACUUGCACACUGAGUAUAAUGUGGUGCUGGGCCAAUUCCAGGAUGUUGUGCAUCAAGAAAGUGAACUUCAUUUGGACUCACCUAAAGUCACUACUGAAAAUGCUGAAAGAGCCAUUACGAGCCCUAUACCUGUCAGCCAUGGUAAUAAUCAGUGUACGCUUAAUGUGGCCAACACGACUGACUCACGUAACUCUACUGCUUUGCAGUCAUUGACGGGCCAUCUAGAGGUGGCCAAAGGUGAUUUGCACGACCUUGAAAAGUUGCUAGAGAGGAUUUCCUCUAGGUCUGAUGGACGUGUUCUGGUAUCAAAGCUCAUAAAAUCCUUCGAGCCAAAAGGAAAUGAGGUUGAUACUGGAACGUCUGAGGGGGAGCAUGAUGAUUUACGAAAGUCAACUCAGGAGAUGAUACGUAGCCUUGGGGGAAAGUUUAUGGCGAUGAGCACAGAUAUUACAAAGACUGAAGAAUAUGUGGCCGAACUUUGUAACAAAAUUGAACUUUACACCAAGUCUACUAUGCAGCAUGAUAUAGAUAGACAACAGACUGUUGUUCUUGAGGCCAAAAUGGAUGAACUUGCUACGAAGCUGGGCAACUACAAGGACACAAUUGAUAAUCUGCACAACCAGGUUGGUAUUAUACAACAGGAUGCAAACAGUAAUGCUGGAAGGCUCAUUGAUCAAGCAGAACUGUUGCAGAAGGAUGCGGUAGAAAGGAUUUCUAUUCUUGAGAAAGAGAGGGCGUCUUUAUCAGAUUUGCUCAUUGAAGUAACAAAUAAGCUCACCUCUUUGGGGCAUGCUGUGUUUCCUAAUGAUUCCAGCGAAAGUGAAGAUCUCUGCUUCCGCGCUUUGAGCUGUGUGGAUCUUGUUUCUACAUCAUUCCAAAGUCUUCAGGAGAAAUUAGAGGCUGCUCAAGUUGAUAAUGCUCAGCUCAAUAGUUCUCUGGUGGAGCUCAGGAAAGCAAACUGUGUUGCCCAAGAGAGGAGUGAACAAGCAUUUGAAAUUAUGAAGAAACUGUAUGAUUCCCUGCAGGAAGUUCUAUGUGAUUCACUUAAAAGUUCAGAUCAAUUCGGUACAGGAUAUAGUGCUGAGGGACCAAUUGAAAGUCAAUAUGGAAGACUCAUCGAGCAUUUAAAGAAUUUGUUGCAUGAACACAAUUCUAUGCUGUCAACCAAUGCUGACCUUGAGUCGAGACUGUUGAGUAAAUGUGAAGAAGUCGAGGAGCUCAACAUGAGAUGCAGUUCUCUAACAAAAAAUUUGAAUGAUGUUUGCAUUCUGAAUGAAGAACUUAAGUCAGCUUCAUUAAGUAAAAAUGCCACACAAGAUGAACUACAAAGUAGAUGCCUUGCUGUAGCAGAAAAGCUGGUUUCCCACUCAACAAAUCAUUCCUCAGUAAUUGGUCAAUUGACAUCUGAGAGUGAUGAAGGGUUUAGCAAGGAAGAUCAUAUCCUUAACACCCUUCUGCCAUGCAUUGAGGAGGGUGUGGCUUCGUGCAUUGAAAAAUUUGAAAAUGCUGCUGAGGAAAUCCGCUUGUCAAAGAUCCGCUUGCAAGAGAUCAAUAUUUUUGACCAGAUUUCAUUCGACAAGUGGUCUUACCCCUUGCCUACAUUGAUUAAAGAGGAAAUCUUUCCGAAGCUGUGUGACAUGCAAGACAGAAUCGACCAGCUCAAUGCACUAAACAUUCAGCUGGAAACUGAAGUUCCAGUCGUCAGGGAUGGCAUGGAAAAGCUGGAUGAAGCUCUUAAAACUUCGCGUACUGAGCUUCAGAAAAAGGUUUCUGAACUCGAACAGUUAGAUCAGAAACUUUCGUCUGUCAAGGAAAAACUUAGUAUUGCUGUUGCAAAAGGUAAAGGUCUGAUAGUGCAGCGUGACAGCCUGAAGCAGUCUCUGUUGGAGAAGUCUGGUGAGGUCGAGAAGCUCACACAAGAACUGCAGUUGAAGGAAACAUUGCUGAAAGAGUUGGAAGCCAAACUCAAAUCCUAUACAGAAGCAGAUCGAAUUGAAGCUUUGGAAUCAGAGCUCUCAUACAUAAGGAAUUCAGCUACAGCUCUAAGGGACUCAUUUCUUCUCAAAGACUCUGUUCUUCAAAGAAUCGAAGAAGUCUUAGAAGACCUGGAUUUGCCAGAGAAAUUUCAUUCUCGAGAUAUAGUUGAAAAAAUAGAACUGCUGUCAAAGAUGGCCGUUGGCACUUCUUUUACUCUACCUGAUGGUGACAAGAGAUCCUCUAUUGAUGGGCAUUCUGAGCCUGGUUUAGCCAUGGAUGUCAUAAACGAUGAGCAGAACUCAAAUUCAAAUCCAGCAUCAGAUGAAUUAAAGAGCAAAUAUGAGGAGCUGCAUAGGAGAUUCUAUGAGCUGGCUGAACACAACAACAUGUUGGAACAAUCUCUAGUGGAGAGGAAUAGUCUUAUACAGAAAUGGGAAGAAAUCCUUGGUCAAAUUAGCAUCCCCCCACAGUUCAGGAUGUUGGAAGCAGAAGAUAAGAUAAUAUGGUUAGGAAACAGACUCUUGGAGGUGGAGCAGGAAAGAGAUUCAUUACAGAUGAAGAUUGAGCACCUUGAGGAUUCCUCUGAAAUGCUUAUUGCUGAUCUAGAAGAGUCGCAUAAAAGGAUAUCUGAACUCAGUGCAGAGGUUGUUGCUAUAAAGGCUGAGAAGGAUUUUUUCUCACAAAGCCUAGAGAAACUAAGAUUUGAAUUCCUUGGACUCUCUGAGAAAGCAGUUCAAGAUGAGUUUGUCAGAGAUAAUUUGCGAAAAGAUCUAUCUGAAUUGCAGGAGAAGUUAGCCGAGAAAAAUGAGGAGAGCAGGCACUAUCAUGAAAUGGACAUAGAGAUCCACAAGCUGCUGAAUUUGGUGCAAAACACAUUGCAGGAUGGCAGUAAUUCUGAAAUUUCAUCGGGUGACACUUCCGCUGUUUUGUGCUUGGAUAAAUUGGUGAGGAAACUUUUAGAUGACUAUGGUACUCAUCUGUCCAAGUCCACUGAAGGCAAUUAUGCUGAGAGAGAUGUUCAAUUAGAGGAUAUCAAGCCAUCUAACGAUACCUCUACAUCAGACACUUGUACAAGUGACAAAGAGAUCGAACUAAAUUCUUUAAAUAAUGAGUUAGAUCAUGCUCGCAACAAUCUGGCCUUAGUGGAGCAGCAGCGUGAUGAAGCUAUGGAGAAGACGCAAUCAAUAAUGCUGGAAAUUGAGACCUUACAUGCUCAAAUAAACAAAUUGCAGGAAAGUGAUGCUGAGCAGAUGCAAAAGUAUCAGUCCCUAGUUCUUGAGCUAGAAUCUGUGGGUAAGCAGCGGGAUAAUCUACAGGAGCAGUUAAAUCAGGAGGAGCAAAAGUGUACCUCUUUGAGGGAGAAACUAAAUGUUGCUGUCAGAAAAGGGAAGGGCCUAGUGCAACACAGAGACAGCCUGAAGCAAACUAUGGAAGAAAUGAAUGCUGUGAUAGAGAAACUUAAAGAUGAAAGAAAACAGCACAUAGAAACACUUGAGACUGAGAAAUCAUCUUUGAUGGACCAAUUGGCUGAGAAUGAGAAAAGCUUGCAUGAAACAAACCAGUACUUGAGUGGACUAUUAAAUGCUUUAAAUAAAGUGGAUGUUGCUCGGGAAUUUGAUAUGGAUCCAAUCACCAAGGUUGAAAAAAUAGCAAAAUUUUGCCUUGACCUUCAGGAAACUGUGGUUUCAUCACAAAAUGAACUGAAGAAAUCGAAGCGAGCAACAGAGCUGCUUCUAGCUGAGUUAAAUGAAGCUCAUGAAAGGGCUGACAACCUGCAGGAGGAAUUGGUUAAGGCAGAAGCUUCACUUUCUGAAUCUUCUAAACAAUACAGUGUUACAGAAUCUGCAAGAGCUGAUGCUGUUCGUCACCUUGAGCAUAUUAUGCAUGUGCAGUCACAAACAAGAAGGAAGCAAGUAGAUCAUUUGAUGGAGUUGAACUCCACCAGCAGUCAGCUAAGAGAAGUCUGCUAUGAACUUUCACACCGUCUUGUCAAUGCGUUCAGUAAGGAUGUGGACCUUAUCUGCUAUAUGGAAAACUUCAUGAAGUCUUCUGGUAAAUGGAUGGAUGGCACAAAUAUGAUGGAUGUACUCAUUGCUUCUAAACAUGUUUUGUCCAACCGCAUAAAUAACAAGAAGGCUCAUAUUUCAAAUGCUCCUUUGGAAAUUAAGAUGGACGAUACCGAUGAAAGACAGAUUUUGCAUCAUCUUGCUAUUGCGUGCCAUGCUUUAUCUGAUUGUGUAAAGGACUGUAAUGAUAUCAAAAGAAGCAUUGAUGAGCAUGGCUUUUCAGUUGAACAGAAAGCAACAAAUCUAUUUGAUGUGAUGUCCAACUUGCAGAACAGAUUCACUUCUCAGCAUAAUGAGUUAGAAUCUUUGAGAGCAAAAUUUGCUGAACUACAGUCAGAGAUGAAGGAAAGAGAUGAGGAGAUUGUAUCUGCACGCAGGAAUAUGAGCUUGCUAUUUGAAGCAUGUACCAGUGCAGUUGCUGAGAUUGAAGGGAUGACUGAUAUAUACCCUGGCAACCGGAGCUAUGCUGUUGAGCAUUCUGCAGAUGAAUGUAUAAAAUCAAUAGUUGAACAGUUAGUUUUGGCUGUAAAAACUUCUCAGAACAGUAAUGAAGGCAGCACAAAGGAACUGAAGGCUACAAUUCUUGAGCUGCAGCAGGAGCUUCAAGCUAAAGAUAUCCAAAUUAGUACAAUCAGUUCGGAGCUUUCAUAUCAGUUAAGGGCAGCUGAAUCUUCUGCAAAGCAACUCUCAAUUGAGCUUGAAGAUGCAAGAAUGGAGGUCCACAAUUUGGCAAAACAAGUUGAUAUGUUGCAUAAUCAGAACAAGGCUCUAGAGACUCAAGUAAAUGAGCUUAAAAAUAUGGAGUCAGUGGCAAGUGAGCAGCACAGAAGAAUUAAGGAAUUGACUGUUGAACUAAGCAGAAAAGACCAAGAAAUUGAAGGUUUGAUGCAAGCACUUGAUGAAGAAGAAAAAGAGCUUGAAGUCAUGGAGAACAAAAGCCAUGAGUUGGAGCAAUUGGUGCAAGAAAAAGAAUUUGCUUUAAAGAGCGCAGAAGUUUCUAGGACUAAAGCUCUGGCAAAACUUGCAACAACUGUCGACAAGUUUGAUGAGUUGCAUAACUUGUCUGAAAAUCUUCUUGCUGAAGUGGAAAACCUUCAGUCACAAUUGCAAGAAAGAGAUUCAGAGAUCUCUUUUCUGCGGCAGGAAGUUACAAGAAGUACUAAUGAACUGCUAACCACUGAAGAGAGCAACAAAAAGUACUCAUCGCAGAUAAACGAUUUCAUUAAAUGGUUAGAAACAGCACUUUUGCAGUUUGGUGUGCAUUGUGAUUGUGACGACUCUCAAGUUUCUGCCUAUAUAGAUAUGUUGGGCAAAAAAAUAGGAUCUCUGAUAGCUGAGUCGGAUGAUUUAAAGGUUAUAGUCCAAAGCAAAGAUUCUCUACUACAGGUUGAGAGGACCAAAAUGGAAGAAUUGAUUCGUAAAUCAGAUGCUUUAGAAAUUUCGUUGAGCCAAAAGGAUUCUCAAAUAGGGUUGCUUCGCCGGGACAGAGGAUCCAGUCAGCUGAGCAGAUCUAUAAACUUGCCUGGUACUUCAGAGAUUGAGCAAAUGAAUGACAAAGUAAGCCCAGCAGUUGUCACUCAGCUUCGAGGGGCGCGGAAAGUCAACAAUGACCAAGUUGCUAUUGAUGUAGAGAUGGAUAAGGACAAGCCACUGGAUGAUGAAGAUGAUGAUAAAGCGCAUGGUUUCAAGUCAUUGACUAUGUCACACUUUGUUCCCAAGUUCACUCGACCGAUAUCGGACAGAAUUGAUGGGAUGUGGGUCUCUGGUGAUAGAUUGCUCAUGAGGCAACCGACCUUAAGACUUGGCGUCUUGAUAUAUUGGAUCGCACUGCAUGCAUUGCUUGCAAGUUUUAUUUGAAGUUUUUGUGUAGAGCUUUAGUGAUGUCCUUGGCGAGUGACUGUACAGUACUGUUUCUAUGUCCAUAGGAAACUAUGCUAAGCAAGCAGACAGCACUAAUAUCGUGUUUUAUUUUGGAAAUGUUACUGAAUACUUGAGCCGUAUUGGCAGCUGCGAAGCAUCUGCAGGUGCAGAUGCAUUUCACCCAUCUCUCUCAUGUCUUGAAUCCCCGUCUAGCUUAGUUUGGGGGCCAAGAGCGGCUGCAAUGGCCAGACAAUGAUGCAAAUGGAUGGAAGAGAACUGAAGAAACAGCAGCAACGAACCCGUGUACAUACAUUUUUGUUUGCUCUAUUCUUUGCUUUUAGAAAGAUGGAGGGCAUUUUACAUGCUAGCAUCUACAACACUAUAUGAUACAGGUUUACAGGAAAGUGACAUGGUAGUUUUGGAAGUUAGGGUUUUGGGAUGGUAACAGGUUAUCCCCCUCCCUUGGGUUGCCCCCACAUAUUUUCUCAAGCCUUUUUGUUUAUUACAUGUACAACACAGUGAUUAUUUCAUUUAUUAUUAUCCAUACUGUGCAGUGGGGAGCUUGCACAUUUUAUUCUCUUCAAGUGAAGCUGUGAAAGGUACAAUUGUAUGGACCCAUCAUGAGGGCCGAAAGUUAAUGCCAGAUUUUGUCGUUU